AUGCCCCCAUCCCCCUUGACAGUGACCCUGAUCCAAUCAACGAUCCUCAACGCCAUCUCCAAUAUCCUGGCCCAAUUAAUAGACCGGCACAAAGAAAACCUUACUAACAGAACCCACGGGGGAAAAAAGAAACCAUUCGCCUUAAACACAAUCGCACUCAUCCAAUUCAUCACCUACGGCGCCAUUAUCGUGCCGCCCAAUUUCUCCUGGCAGAGAUACAUCGAAGCCAGGUUCCCGGGUUUUCCCAGCUGGAAGAGAAAUAACGACAACCAUGUGCCCGAGCCCAAUGGUCUCCUGCCAACGAAGGAGAAGCCGUUUAGGCCAAAGCAGCAGAGAUCUGGGAUGUGGAACUUUGCUGUGAAGUUCCUUCUGGAUCAGACUAUUGCUGGGGUGUGUAAUAUUCUCUUGUUUAUUGUGUUGAUCAAUCUGUUGAAGGGAUCAAAUUUGGGGAGGGUUUGGGAGUUGGUUUGUGAGGAUUUUGGUCCCAUCAUGCUGGCUCGUCUGAAGUUUCGGCCUAUCGUGUCGGCGCUUAUGUAUACUGUUGUCCCUGUCGACCGACGGGUGGUGUUUGGGAGCGCCUGCGGAGUUAUCUGGGGGAUUUAUUUAAGUCUUUAUGCGGUUGUUUGA